UGUAUAUAUAUUCAAUCCUCAAUGUUACCAUAGAUGUGCUCAAAUGAUCUCUGUUAGUUGUUUGUUGUAAUGCUAAAUUAAGAGCAUUACCAAUGCAGUGCUUUAUGCUCAGUGACUCGGCUUUUCAGAGCAAAUAAACGUGAUCAGCAUAACCAGCUUAGCAUGUGGAGCCUCAGUUUAUGUGUUGACAUGUGCAUCCGUGUCCCGUGUGAGCCAGGCAACUCUUACUGUUUCCAACAACCAGUGUCCAUCAGACACCGAUUUAUUGCCCUCCCUGCAAACUUUGACAGGAAUCGAAUCAUCUAUAAGAUUCAAACAGAGGAAAACCCCAAGUAUGACUAUUACUACCGCAUGCCCAGAGGGAAUCGAGGGCAGGAGUUCAGGCUGGUCCAGAAGGGCCCAAAGGCCAGUAUCAAGAUGGCUCGCUCCCUGGUGGGACCUCUGGAUUAUAUGCUCUACAUCUACAUGGAGAUUUACCUGAAGGAUACAUCAAGGUUGAUCGGAGAAUACCUAACCAAACUUUAUGUCAACAUAUCACCUCAUGAUCAUCCAUUUGUAUAGAUGAGACUGUCAACAGAGAGAGGAUUGUAAAGUGAAUGAUGGAUGAAUUCAUGAGAAAACUUAUUGCAUAGUAAAGAACUUGGUUGAAGACUGUCUAGAUAAGUAUCAUGGAGACUUAUUACACAACUAAUUGUACUAGAGUGUCAUGGAACUGAUUUCCAAAGCUUGUUUUAGAUAUAUAGUUUGAUGUAUCUAUCGCUUUACAGUCUCACAGUGAAGUGAUUGUUUUUACCAGAGCUGUGGUAAAAUCCAUUUUUAUCAUUUGUAACAAUUAUCAUGUAUAGAAUAUUCACAAAAAACAUCGCAAGUAAUGUUUCAUGUAGUUAAGUUAUAUUAUGUAAAAUGGAUGAAAUACUUUUGAUUUUAAUUCUGUGUUACAUUCCUAUUUAUCUGGAGAGGACUAUGUAUCUAUCAAGAAAGUGUUAUGCAUAUUAUAUUUGCACUCAUUGAUUACAUUGUUCUUUUAACUUCAAAUUUUCCUAACAUUAAAUUUGUAAUUUCUGCUACAUAUGGGGGUUAGGUAAUUGUUUACAGAUGACACAAGACUGCAUAAAUAAUAGUUUUCUGUAUCGUUCCAAUUUUAGUAUGCGUCAACAAUCAACAUCAACAAUAAUUUCUUAUCGAUUACUUGGAAUAAGUAUAUUUUUAAAACUUAUUCUUCAGAAUUAUAUUUUUUGUAUUUAAUUUCCAUACAAUAGUAAUUUCACAAGCUUUUUGAGAAAUCUAAUUUAUUUGUCUUUCUAAAGUAACAGGGUAUUUAAUUGCAAUGGAGCAUCUUGAAAUUGGGCAAGAGCUUUUUGAUUGCAAUAGAUUAAUCAUCAGUAGCUCCAAGUGACUUAAGUAUUUGUCAUCAAUUCUAUGAAUAGAUGGUAAUGACUUUUCUUACAACCAUUUUACAGUAGGCCUAGUAUUCUGAUAUUUUAUCUCCUAUCCUAUUACAAAAAACAUUAAAAAGGAGGAAGCCAAAUGCUAAUAGAUUCACUAAUCCCUGUUGAUAUUCGCCACUGGAAAAAGUACAUCUGAAAAAUACUUUUUUUGCAGACAGAAGGCAUAUAUGCAUGGGAUAAAUGUUCAUAUACUUUUAUUUGACGUUGCAUAUUUUGUCAGUUAUGAUAAUAUAAUGGUGGUAGCCAAUAUUGAAAGUUGUUUUGAUAUACAUGUAUCAAAAACAUCCAAGGGUAUGAUUUGUAUAUUUGCAAAUGAUUGUAAGAGGUGCAUUUUUUUGCUUUCAUAAAAAGUAAAUGAACUUGAAUUUAUUAGAAUUAACUUUAAUGCUGAUUUUUCGAGUCAUUAACUAAUUAGUUACAACUUCAUUGCAUAAUCAAAGUAGAUCUACAAUCUAUAGGGAAUCAGUCGGGGCAGGUACUUUUGAUUCAUGAGGCCGUUGGAAGUAUCCUUCUCCCAAAUACUUUGUAAAUGUGCCUCGGCCCGAGGCCAAGACCGGCCUCUACCAUAUCCCUGAAUAUCUACAUGUCGCAUAUUCUUUCUGUGAAAUUUAUUCAUUACAUUAUUUUUUAAUAGAUAUGAUGCUUAUAGAAGUCUCACACAAAUGACUUAGUUAAUGAAAUGAUCUAAUCGAGAAUGAAUUGUGAAUUUAUUCACUGUGACUUUGUUUAUAGUUGUGAAUUUCUUUAUGUACAUACUCUUUUAUAUAAAAUAUCAAAACUUUUUCAUUUUAUCAUGUUAAUUGAUAUCAAUGUUUUGUUCCAUUAAUAAUAAACUUAUACACACUUAAUAAAACUUUGUUUUUGUCUACAUGUUUGAUCACCAAUAAGUUUUAAAAAAAUUGCAUUAAGUUUCUCGUUUUGUGAUUUUUUUUUUAUUAGACUACAUUAAAAAAUAUAUAUACAUUUAUAUAUAUUUGAGUAGCCCUUUUGUUGAUCCGUUUUGAGUACAAUGGUUAUCAUGAUAGGUAUUCAAAAUAAAGCUUUAGUAACACAUUUAAAACCAUUUUAUUUUUAUUAAGUAUUCUCCCUGUAAAUAUUUAAUUUAAAAAUGUUCUUCAUGUAGAACUGAAAUAGAUUAAAUGAUAUGUAUUCCAAAUAAUUUAUAUUUAUUAGAUGUCGGCAGAAUAAAAGUUAU